AUGCUUAAAUUCCAGUUUUGUCAGUUAAUUGGAUAAGGAUAAUUUAGUAAGGUUAUGUUAGCCAAAAAUUCUGGACAUUCAUAUGCACUUAAAGUUAUAGACAAACUUAAGAUCCAAAAAUGUAAUCUCAAUUAAUAAGUCUAAAGAGAAAUAGAUAUUCAAUCCAAACUCAAACAUAAAAAUAUUGUUCAAUUAUUCACACAUUUUUAAGAUAAUCAAAAGAUCUAUUUGGUAACUGAGUAUUGUGAAAAAGGAAGUUUGUAUUAAAAACAAUUCACAAAAUCUAAAAUUAAAGAGAUAACUAAAUAGAUUCUUACUGCUAUUUAAUACAUCCAUCAGAUGGGAAUCAUGCAUAGAGAUAUCAAACCUGAAAAUAUCUAUCUAACACAAGAUGAUGUAGUAAAAAUUGGAGACUUUGGUUGUUCAAUUUAAAAAGGAAAACGAAGAAAGACUUUUUGUGGAACUCUUGAUUAUAUGUCCCCAGAAAUUAUACUGAGCUCGAGUAUUAUGAGUUAGUAUGAUGGAUAUGAUGAACGGGUUGAUAUUUGGGCUAUAGGUAUAUUACUUUUUGAAUUAUUCAAUAAUACCGUUCCAUUUCGAGAUAUUAAUAAAUACAAAUAAUAAGAUAGGAUAUGUAGAGAAGAGAUUGUAUUCAAAAAGGGUGAGGAUCCUUUGCUUAUUGAUUUUGUGCAGUGUUGUCUUCAUAAAGAUCCCAAUUAAAGAGCAAAUCUGUAAUAACUCCUGGAACAUCCUUUCUUACAAUUUUGA